CGUGUUACCAGUACAUAAGUAGUACGCGGUGUCGCGUCGACGUAUCAACCGCACUGCUCGAAAGAUUAGGCUGUCCCAACGGAAUUUUAGCCGUAACAAUCCAUGACUAUUCCUGCGACCACUUGUCAGGUAUCGAAGAAACAUGUCUUGCUGUCAGAGAUCUUGGCAGUGACCUCGGUCAUGCGCAAGAAUUCACGGUGGGCAUCAGGAGCUCAUACACUUACAGCAAGAGACUCCGCGUUAGCAAGAGACCUCGGCCUGCGUAGGUCAACACCUAGUACAGACAUUCAAAAGAAUGGGAGGCUCUCUCAAGAAGCAGACCUGAUGGGCGGCUUCCAGCAGUUGAAACGUACAAUCUGGGACGUCGAUGAUAUCGAGGCGCUACCUCUACCUGGGCUUAUUGGUCCCUUCUUUGCCCUAGUUCGUUCACCUCUGUCUAACGGACCUAUAACGUCCGCUGCACUCUCCGCACUCCACACCUUUUUUGUCUGCGACCUCAUAUCUCCAACCUCGAUAUCCUUAGAGCCUGCACUCGUCGAGCUCAGUAGCACGGUUUCACACUGCAAAUUCGAAGCCAGUGAUUCUUCAGGAGACGAGGUUGUCCUCUUGAAGAUCAUGACCGUGAUACAUGAUUGCAUUGUCACAAGCGGUGUGGGUGCAUUCCUCGGAGACGUCGAAAUUUGCGAAAUGUUGGAGACUGUCUUGACGACAGCAUGCCAAAUGAGGUUGAGUGAAAUUCUGCGGCGAUCUGCCGAGUCUACCAUGGUUUCUAUCGUCAGGACCAUUUUCGGGCGUCUGCAUGCUCUUAAUCCUACUGCUGAAGAAGCUAUACUCCUUCUGAAUGAGGAGGAGCCUCAGCAUGGGGAAAUCAGCAUGUCUGUGUCUGCCAAUGUCACUGAUGCCGGUAAUUUGCAGGCAUCAGAAGGAGUACCCUCGUCCAUACAGCAGGAUGCAGUUUCAUUAGAGGAUCCCGAGCGCUCUGCAUCACCUGAAGUCGAGGGCCCAUCCCAGGCACUUUCGCCGCCACGACCAUAUGGUCUACCAGCUCUUCUGGAACUGCUUCGCGUGCUUGUCAAUAUUUUGGAUCCCAAUGAUCAAGUUCACACCGACUCAACGCGCCUGACUGCGCUUGGAAUUCUCAAUGCUGCUGUCGAGACAUCCGGAACAGUUAUGGGCGACUAUCCUUCCUUGUCAGCCCUUAUUCUUGAUCCCGGAUGCAAAUAUCUUUUCCAGCUCGCACGCUCCGACAAUUCUUUUGUUCUGCAGGCUGCUUUACGGACUAUCACGACAGUAUUCCAGACCAUGCGAAAACACCUUAAACUUCAACAAGAGCUCUACCUUGCCUUUAGUAUUGACAGGCUGGCAGCUCCCCCGCAAUCGAAACCAAUAAGCUCCAAGAGGAAUAACCCUACAUCUCCACGUCCCGGCACCCCUGCAACUGGAACUCCUAUCCUGGGACCGGUUGAUACUGAGCUUGAGCUUGAUAAGGGGAGUCCAGUUCCAUCGCGACCCCCUGUUCAGCCGGCCCGUGGAGAUACCCGCGACUUGAUGUUGGAAACUCUCAGUCAGCUCUGCCGGCAUCCCAGCUCUAUGGUGGACCUCUACGUCAACUAUGACUGCGACAUAAACUGCGAGAAUCUGUUUGAACGGUUGAUCGAAUUUCUCACAAAGGGUGUAUACCCAUGGCAGUAUUCUUCGACGUCGGACGCACAACAAUUACAUUCCCAGUAUCUAUGUUUGGAUCUGUUGCUUGCGUUCGUGAAUGACAUGACAGCGCGAGCUGAGGGUCGAAGUGAACCAUGGGCUUCCGAUUUUAUUUUGCCAGAUUCAUUGAUACAAGACAAAUCCAGGAAGAAGCUUGUUCUUACCGGAGCAGCGCGGUUCAACUCCAAACCAAAAAUUGGCAUUGCGUUUCUUGAGGAGAACAAGCUCAUAUACUCCGAUCUUUCCCCAGAGGUAUCACGAACGCGCAGUCUUGCUAUCUUCUUGAAGAGCUGCACGCGUUUGGACAAGCGACUGCUAGGAGAUUAUAUUUCAAAGCCAGAUAAUUUGGAACUCCUGAAGGAGUUUCUUGGGUUGUUCGACUUUAAAGAUAAACCAAUUGCAGAUGCCAUGCGGGAGAUGCUGGAAAGCUUCCGACUUCCUGGAGAAUCUCAGCAGAUCAAUCGGAUUACAGAAACUUUUGCCUCGAUCUACUUUGCAUCUGGUCCAGCAGAAAUCAAGACGGAAGAUGCGGUCUACGUGCUAGCGUACUCCGUGAUCAUGCUCAACACUGAUCUUCACAACCCGCAAAUAAGAAAGCGCAUGACGAUAGAGGAUUAUAAGCGCAACCUGAGAGGCGUUAAUGGUGGCACAAACUUCUCGCCCGAGUACUUGCAAAGCAUUUACGAUUCCAUACGCAAACGUGAAAUUGUCAUGCCUGAAGAGCAUACUGGCCAACUCGGCUUCGAAUACGCUUGGAAGGAACUGCUCGCCCGUUCACGGCAAUCGGGCCCAUUCUUGAUGUGCAAUUCGGCCUUGUUCGAUCUUGACAUGUUCAAGACAGUUUGGAAACCAUUGAUAUCUGCCAUUGCUUACGCAUUCAUCAGCUUUGACGAUGAUUAUGUUAUUCAACGGGCCAUUUCUGGUUUCCGUCAAUGCGCCACGCUGGCAGGUCAUUUCCAUCUUCCAGAUGUUUUCGAUUUCGUGGUCGUUUCGCUCUCGCAAGCGACUAGUUUAUUGUCUGAGAAUCUGCCGACACAAGUUCCUAACUAUCCAGUGGUCGAAGUGGAGGGACAGUCGGUCACGGUCUCAUCGUUAUCAGUCAAGUUUGGUACGAACUUCAAAGGCCAGCUGGCAGCCGUCGUGCUUUUCAAUAUCGUGAACGGAAACGGAAAUGCCCUGCGCGAGGGCUGGACGCAAAUCUUUGAAAUGUUCCAAAACUUGUUCAUGCAUUCAUUACUCCCCACACGCAUGCUCCAAAUGGAGGACUUUUUAGGUGGUGUCACAAUGAUCCCCCUUCGCGGGGGCCAGCACUCGCGACCAGCGCCACGUAGUGAUGGGGGGUUGUUGUCGGCGCUAUCCUCAUACCUAAUGACACCAUACGGUGCCAGCUCAGAGAACCUCGUUCCUGAAGCUACAGAUACAGAAGUAGAGAGCACGAUGUGCACCAUCGAUUGCAUAACAUCAUGCCGGUUGGAUGAGCUUUAUGCGCAAACUAUACAACUUGACUCGGAGGCACUCGUGGCUGCAAUCCGAGCAUUGGAGGCUCUUGCUCAUGAGCGGACAAUCACGAAGUGGAAACAAGAGUCGGAUGAGCUGACCACUGCAUUCAACACAUCAUCCGCAGGAGAUGGCACAUUUACUUUACCUUAUGAUCCUGCGUCCGUUUUUCUUCUCGAGACCAUGGUCAGCAUAACCUGUCAAACCUCGCGGUACAUCGAGGACUUAUGGCCGAUUCUAUUUGAGCAUCUAUCGGCAUUGUUGUCGGCAUCUACGCACUAUAGCGUUCUGCUUAUCGAGCGUGCGGUCGUUGCAUUGCUUCGAUUGUGUCUUAUUCUCGCUCAAAAGAAGACACUUCGAGAUCAAGUCUAUGUGUCACUCGAUUUGAUUGCUGGGCUUCCCCCAAUAGUAGCCAAUUCCGUUGCCGAACAAAUUGUCGCAGGCGUGACUUUGAUUCUUCAGAACCGUGAUAUUGUUAGUUCGCAAACCGAGUGGAACCUUGUCUUCGCAGCCCUUCGGUCAACGACUUCCCAUCCAGAGGCUGCUCGUUCGACAUUCGACUUGGUUUUGAGUUUUGUCACAGACGGACAGUCGCAAUGGAUGACACCAGAUAAUUUCAAUGGUCUGAUCACAAUCUUGGACGAGUUUGCAAACUCCGCUGGUCAGUCAAUCAUGGUUCCUCAGAGGGGACGACGAGUGCCUUCACAGCCACCACCCAACGCACCGCCCAUCGAGCGCGGGAGGCGAGCAAUUGAUAUCCUUUAUGAUAUGAAAAGGUUCAUUGCACCCUUUGCUGAGUCUACUGGUCUGCAAACGGGUCAAGUUUGGCGCCAAUACUGCCUGCCUUUGGCGUUGUCGUUAGGCAAGCAGUCGACGAAUCCCUCACGACUUGUCCGGCACACUGCUAUCAGCCAACUUCAACGUCUGUUACUUGGUCCUCGAUUUGUGUAUGACGAAAACGAUCACGGUCAAGUCGAGGAGAUCUUCAACAGUAUCAUCUUCCCCCUUAUUGAUGAGCUCCUGAAACCCCAAGUUCAACAAUUCGAUCCACAGGGCAUAUCGGAGACUAGGUUACGAGCCUCGGCCUUGCUUUGUAAGGCAUUCAUGCACUUCGAGGUCCGGGAGAAUCGCACGAAGUCAGAUAUCAGAAUCUUGUGGAUCGAAAUUCUGGAUCUGCUAGACAGGCUAAUCAAUGCCGGGAAGACCGAGCAGCUGUACGAGGCCGUCUCGGAAUCUCUCAAGAACGUGGUUCUUGUGAUGAAUGCAGCAAACAUUCUUGUCCCACCUUCCCAGGAAGACCAACGUGACGAACACCAGCGUACCUUAUGGACAGCCACGCAAGCCAGGCUAGAACGCUUUUUGCCGGGAUUUCUAAUAGAAGUGAUACCAACUCCACAAUUCAACCUCUGCAGUGCCUGCUGCGGCACCUUCUACAGCAUAGGACACAAUUACAUACACGAGCUGUUGCUGCUAGAAUAA